AUGUCAGUUUUUUUUCCGAAAGUCAACAAAAAUGUUCUACCUAUGAUGUUGACCGCAUGGGUCAUUGCAGGUCCUCUGGAUUCGCAGCACAAGUGCACUUCACAGUCGUACUGCGUUACGGUCAGGUCGAGGACCGGUCUCGUCCAACGCUCGUGUGAUGGCAAUUCUGUGGCUCAAAUCUCACUUUGUGCACCGAAUCUAUCGAGGCGGUGGAUCGCUAAUCCGGAUUACAUUUAUAGAAGUAACGGUACGUCUUCUAUUCGAAGAAGUUCACAUACAUCUCUCAGUUCUAAUCAUUUCAUUUACUGCUUCAGCGGCGGUGAAUUAGGGGAGGUAUGCUGUUGCUCGACGGAUUUCUGCAACGGCUAUGGAUCAGCAGUACGAUGGAUGGCCAUACUGCUAAUCCUUAUGCUGUUCUUUGAAUAG